AUGUUAAGAGCCAUCAAGAACUUCUCUACGUCUGCUGUGGCUAAGCAGGUCAUUGGAAAUGCGAAGGGAGAGACAGCUAACGCUACCAAAUACCUAGGCCAGAAAUACCAUGUCAUUGAUCACGAGUAUGAUUGUGUGGUGGUCGGUGCUGGUGGUGCUGGUCUCAGAGCUGCUUUCGGGUUAGCCGAGUCUGGCUUUAAAACAGCUUGUAUCAGUAAGUUGUUCCCUACUAGAUCUCACACUGUGGCUGCCCAAGGUGGUAUCAAUGCUGCGCUUGGAAAUAUGCAUAAAGAUGACUGGCAUUGGCAUAUGUACGAUACAGUGAAGGGGUCUGAUUGGUUAGGUGAUCAGGAUGCUAUUCACUAUAUGACUAAAGAGGCACCCCAAUCAAUCUAUGAAUUGGAGAAUUAUGGUGUCCCUUUCAGUAGAAAUGACGAGGGCAGAAUCUAUCAGAGAGCUUUCGGAGGCCAAUCAAAGGAGUUUGGUAAAGGUGGACAAGCUUACAGAACAUGUGCUGUUGCAGACAGAACUGGCCACGCGUUGUUGCAUUCCUUGUAUGGCCAAUCAUUAAGGCACGAUACCCACUUUUUCAUCGAAUUCAUGGCUAUGGACUUGUUGAUGCAAGAUGGCGAGUGUGUCGGUGUUGUUGCUUACAACCAAGAGGAUGGUACAUUGCAUAGGUUUAGGGCACACAAAACCGUUCUUGCAACCGGUGGGUAUGGUAGAGCUUACUUUUCUUGCACCUCAGCUCAUACCUGUACAGGUGAUGGUUAUGCCAUGGUUUCAAGGGCAGGCUUGCCUUUAGAAGACCUCGAAUUUGUUCAAUUCCAUCCAUCAGGAAUCUAUGGAUCUGGAUGUUUGAUUACUGAGGGAGCUAGAGGUGAAGGUGGAUAUUUACUUAACUCUGAGGGUGAACGUUUUAUGGAGCGUUAUGCUCCAUCAGCGAAGGAUUUGGCAUCGAGAGAUGUUGUCUCUAGAGCCAUCACUAUGGAGAUUAAUGAAGGCAGGGGUGUUGGUCCUGACAAAGAUCAUAUGUAUUUGCAGUUGUCCCAUAUCCCUGCAUCAGUGUUGAAGGAGAGAUUACCUGGCAUCUCUGAGACUGCUCAUAUUUUUGCUGGUGUGGACGUCACAAAAGAACCAAUCCCCAUCCUUCCAACUGUUCAUUACAACAUGGGCGGUGUUCCAACUAAGUGGACCGGUGAGGUAGUCAAGAAGGCGGAAAAUGGAGAGGACGAAAUCGUUCCCGGUUUAUUAGCUUGUGGUGAAGUAGCCUGCGCGUCCGUGCAUGGUGCCAACAGAUUAGGUGCUAACUCUCUUUUGGAUUUGGUGGUAUUUGGCAGAGCGGUUUCCCACACUAUCAGAGAUUCUUUAACGCCAGGCACUCCACUUAAGCCCGUCUCCAAAGACCUUGGUUUAGACUCUAUCGCUAAUCUUGACAAAUUGAGAAAUGCAAAUGGCACCAAAUCGACAGCUGAUAUCAGGGGGGAGAUGCAGAGAACCAUGCAGAAGGGUUGUGCCGUUUUCAGAAUGCAAGAGACCUUGGAUAAAUGCGUGGAGGAGAUCAACAGCGUCGAUAAAGAUUUCGCGAAUGUGAAGACAACUGAUAGGUCAAUGAUCUGGAAUUCUGAUUUGGUUGAAACUUUGGAAUUGCAAAACCUAUUGACAUGUGCUACCCAGACUGCAACUUCUGCUGCUGCUAGAAAGGAAUCAAGAGGUGCUCAUGCGAGAGACGAUUUUCCUGACAGAGACGACGUAAACUGGAUGAAGCACACACUUUCAUACCAAACCGAGUUUGGUGCUCCAGUGACAUUGGACUACAGAGAUGUCAUCAAAACAACGUUGGAUGAAAACGACUGCAAGCCUGUACCACCUGCAAAGCGUGUUUACUAA